AUGGCGCCCAGCAGCAGUAUGUCCCCUCCGCGAGUCCCCGAACAACGGUUGACGCCAGCUGCAGAGACGGCCGCCGCAGAGUGCAUCUCUGACGAGGCCCUCUUGCAUCUCAAGUCAUACAAGUACUCGAGCAUCGACAAGUCUCCCAUAUCAAAAUACGUCCUUGGCCCCUGGUGGAAUGCCUUUGUCCAAGUCUUGCCGCUGUGGCUCGCCCCAAACAUGGUCACCUUGCUGGGCUUCUUCUUCAUCCUGGCCAAUGUCGGGCUGCUAGUCCUCUUCAUGCCCGAUCUGAUAGGGCCCGGGCCAGCUUGGCUAUACUUUAGCUUCUCCUUUGGCUUGUUCAUGUACCAGACCAUGGACAACGUCGACGGCAAGCAAGCCCGCAGGACAGGCACCUCGAGCGGCCUCGGCGAGCUCUUCGACCACGGCAUCGACUCCCUCAACUGCACCCUGGCCAGCCUCCUCGAGACGGCCGCCAUGGGCCUCGGCACCUCGCGCGCCGGCGUCUUCACCGCCCUGUGCCCCUGCCUUCCCAUGUUCUUCUCGACCUGGGAGACGUACCACACGCACACCCUGUACCUGGGCGUCUUCAACGGGCCCACCGAGGGCCUGCUGAUUGCCUGCAGCAUCAUGGCCGUGUCCGGCGCCUACGGCCCCGGCAUCUGGACGCAGCCCAUUGCCGAUUUUCUCGGCCGCAGCUUCCCCGGCAUCGCGCACGCGCUCGGCGAGACGACUUUUAGAGACAUCUGGAUCGGCCUCAUCAUCUUCUCGCUACUCGUCGGCCACGUCCCCUUUUGCGUCUACCACGUCGUCAACGCCCGGCGCAGCAAGAACCUGCCCAUCGCGCCCGUCUUCCUCGAAUGGACGCCCAUGGCCGUCUUCACCCUGUCCAUUGGCGCGUGGGUCUACUCGCCCUACAGCACCCUGAUGCGUGACAACCACCUGGUCCUCUUCUGCCUCACCCUGUCCUUUGUCUUUGGCCGCAUGACGACCAAGAUGAUCCUCGCCCACCUGACGCGCCAGCCCUUCCCCUACUGGACAGUCAUGCUGUUUCCCCUUGUCGGCGGCGCCCUCAUCGGCAACCUGCCGCGCUUCGGGUUCCCUGCCGUCAGCGCCGCGACGGAGCUGACCUACUUGCGCGCCUACUUUGCAUUUGCCCUGAUAGUUUACUUCCGCUGGGCUUACCUGGUGGUGACGAGCAUCUGCAAUUUCCUCGGCAUCAACGCCCUCACGAUCCCCCGGGAGAAGCAACUGGCCAACAAGCGGGUCCGGGCGGCCGAAAAGACGCAUUGA